CGGCGACACGGCCGAAGAACUGGGGCUCACGGGGCAGUUAGCAGAGCCACCAUUGGGCCCAGCCCUCUGCAGCAGCGUUACAGAGCUCCAAAGUUGCUACAGUAAGUUAAGGUAUUUCGCGACACUUCUUAGCGUGCCUCCACUCUGUGGCGAUGUCCCCUCGGGUAACGGUACCGCAUGCCCCUGAGGUCCACAGCCUUCUUGUAUCCACCAAAGAAGCACUGACCGCCUUCGUGAGCUGUUGCGGGUGUUCCCGCGGGAGGCGCCGUCGUCUGACAAUUUUGGGGAUGAGCUCUCUGGUUCUGGGGAGGAAGACAGCUCCAGCUCCAGCGACGACGAGCUCGCGAGUCUUUGAGCAAUUACACUACCAAAGUGAAGCGAAGACUUGUCCUUCGCUUCAACAAUGGCGAGGUCAUCGCCAGUUACGGUCCAGGCCAACCACCCUAUCCACCCCCCCAUCUCCUGCACCACGUGCCUCUUUCUAUGGGGGAGGAGGAGUUACUGGGCCGCCUGGGCGCCCCCAUUGCUGAUCCUAUACUCGUUGGUAUCUCGCCUCGUCUGGACUCUGGUAGCGGUACCCAUGCCUCGCCUGGUCAACCAGGACUGUCCUCUUUCGCUCCCUCCCAUCCGACCACCCACGGGUCCCACGCCCACAUGCCAGGCGCCGCGUCAUCGAACCUCCCCCCACAACCCGACACCUCCCCGUCCAUGGCGCCCGGCUCCAGUUCCUUCCCCGGCUGGGCCAUCCCCGGCUGCAUCACCGUUGGAGUCCAAGCCGCCAUGCCCUUCCCGGUCCCGGUCUGGUCCCUGCACGGCCGUUGUCCCCGCUCUGGCGGCGCCGGAUCCAAAUGA